CGACCUGACUGGAGUUGCUUCGAAGUGGCAACACCAACGGUUUUUCGGUGUUCGGUUAUUGGAUUAUCGGAUUUUCAGUGAAGUUCUGUGCAGUUGAGCUUAAAAUAAGUUACUAAAAUGUAGCAAUAUGGUCUGAUGAAGCAUCUGUGGAUGUUUAGUGAAAGAAGAAAGUAAAUCUACAAGUUCCUGAAGAAGUGCUACACCUUAAUUUAAUUAGUGAUAUUGUAUAACCGGAAAACUGGCCAUGAAUCAUUGUUUUUAGUGAAAAAUCAACAAAUCUAGCCAAUCAAUGUUACAAGUUGUUGUAUAAGUGUUUAAUAAAAAAAAGAAGUUACUUUGUUGAAGCGAUCGAUUCGCGAAUCCUUAGCAAAUUUAAUUAAGAGUGUAAUUACGAAGAUAAAUCCCUCCUAUGGGAAUUGAAGCCACCGCUAAAUCCCUAAACAGUGUGUUAAAUCAGCGUAAAAUCCGCUCAGGAAUCGAUAAUCCACCAAAAACCCGGUCCGCGACUCCAAUGGUUGUCCGCGGGCCACGAAUCGAUAUCGAGGAGGAUUAAAGUGUGACCAAGCCAAGCCAUAAACCAGCGCAGCCGCCGCCAUGCUGAAAAAGCCGACCGAGUCCCGGGAGAACCUGGUCAGGUCGGCGGGCUCGCUAGCCUCGACGAUGGCGGGCGAUGGCGGGGACGCGGAAGCGGAUAACCGCUCUCUCAAGAGUUCCGUGUCGGUGUUCGAUCGUGAGGUGCCGGACAUCAUCCUGACCCAGACGGAGAAGAAGUUCCUCCUGAGCGCAGAACGGGGAGAUUGCGCAACGGUUCGGAGAAUCAUCACGGAGUACAAGAACGAUCCGGACGAGUUCGACAUAAACUGCGUGGACCCGCUGAACCGUUCCGCGUUGAUAGCGGCCAUCGAGAACGAAAAUAUCGAACUCAUUCGGCUGCUGUUGCAGUCCGGAAUUCGCGUUCAAGAUGCCCUCCUCCACGCCAUCAAGGAGGAGUACGUGGAAGCGGUGGAAACGUUACUGCUGUGGGAGGAGGAAAACCACGUGCCCGGAGAUCCCUACAGUUGGGAAGCCGUGGACCGGUCCUCUUCCUCGUUCACCGCCGACAUCACGCCGCUGAUUUUGGCCGCCCACAAGAACAACUACGAGAUCCUGAAGAUUCUGCUCGACCGAGGGGCGUCCCUGCCGAUGCCUCACGAUGUGCGCUGUGGAUGCGACGAGUGUGUAACGUCGAGCGAGCAGGACUCCCUCCGCCACUCCCAGUCACGUAUCAACGCGUACCGGGCGCUCUCGUCCAGCUCGCUGAUUGCGCUCAGCUCGAAGGAUCCGAUCUCGACGGCGUUCCACCUGUCCUGGGAGCUGCGCCGGCUCAGCCGCAUGGAGUCCGAAUUUCGGGCGGAGUACUCGACCAUGCGCCUCAACGUGCAGGAAUUUGCCACCUCGCUGCUCGACCACGCCCGCACCUCGAACGAGCUCGAAAUCAUGCUGAACUACAGCCCGGGCGAGAUCGACAACUGGGAGCCCGGCGAGCGGCAAACGCUGGAACGGCUCAAGCUAGCGCUCAAGUUCAAGCAGAAAUUGUUUGUAGCCCACCCCAACGUCCAGCAGCUGCUGGCAGCGAUCUGGUACGAGGGGCUGCCCGGCUUCCGGCGGAAAUCCCCGAUGGGCCAGAUCAUGCAGGUGGCCAAGCUGGGCGCCAUGUUCCCGGUGUACAGCCUGAUCUACAUGGUGCUGCCCAACUCCGCGAUGGGGCAGUUUAUGAAGAAACCGUUCGUCAAGUUUAUCGUUCAUUCGGCCAGUUAUGCGUUCUUUUUGAUGCUUCUCUGUGGUGCCUCGCAACGGAUCGAGCUGCAGGCGCUGGAGCUGUUCGGCAACGAGUGGCUCCAGGGAAUCGUCCGGGAAUGGAAACGGAAAGAGCGCGGAUCGCUGCCGGGGCUGUGCGAGUGCUUUGUGAUACUGUACGUGGUGGGGCUGAUAUGGCACGAGAUAAAGUCGCUCUGGAACGACGGGUUGCUCGAGUACGUGUCCGAUCUGUGGAACAUUGUGGACUUUAUCUCGAACUCGUUCUACAUCGGCUGGAUUAGCUUGCGGUUCACGUCCUGGUUUACGGUUUGGCGCGAUGCCAACAUGGGCCUCAACCCGUGGUACCCCCGCGAGCAGUGGGACCCCUUCGAUCCGAUGCUGCUUUCGGAGGGUGCGUUCGCCGCCGGCAUGAUCUUCUCCUUCCUCAAGCUGGUGCACAUCUUCUCGAUCAACCCGCAUCUGGGACCGCUGCAGGUUUCGCUCGGCCGCAUGAUCAUCGACAUCAUCAAGUUCUUCUUCAUCUACACGCUGGUCCUGUUCGCCUUCGGGUGUGGCCUCAACCAGCUGCUGUGGUACUACGCCGUGCUGGAGAAGAACAAGUGCUACCAUCUGCCGUCCGGGUUGCCAGACUUUGAGAACUUUGAAAAAUCGUGCGCAAUUUGGCGCCGUUUUGCGAACCUGUUUGAAACGUCGCAGUCGCUGUUUUGGGCCUCGUUUGGUUUGGUGGAUUUGAUGGCGUUUGAGCUGGCCGGAAUCAAGAGCUUUACCAGGUUUUGGGCGCUGCUCAUGUUUGGUUCGUACAGUGUCAUCAACAUCAUCGUGCUGCUGAAUAUGCUGAUUGCCAUGAUGAGCAACAGCUAUCAGAUUAUUUCGGAACGUUCGGACAGCGAAUGGAAAUUUGCCCGCUCGCGGCUAUGGAUGAGUUACUUCGAGGACGGGGACACCCUUCCGCCGCCGUUCAACCUCGUGCCUUCGAUCAAAAACUUUGGCAAACUAUGCAAAUGCAGCAACGAAAAGCGACCCACCACCAGCAUCCUUAAACGCAACCGCGAAAAGGCCCAACGGCGCCACGAGAACGUGAUGAAGCUGCUGGUGCGGCGUUACGUCACGGCCGAGCAGCGCAAACGGGACGACUUUGGCAUCACGGAGGACGACGUGAUGGAGAUCCGGCAGGACAUUAGCACGCUGCGUUACGAGCUGAUCGACAUCUUCUCGCAGAACGGCAUGAAGACGCCGCACGUGAAGCCGUCGGACGGGGGCAGUGCGUUCGCUGGCAAGAAGGGCCGCGUCAUGGAGCGCCGCAUCCUGAAGGAUUUCCAGAUUGGCUUCGUAGAGGGCAUCCUGAACGAGCAGUUCAACGGGGACAACAAACCGGUUGACGUGUUCAGCACCAUCGCCAAGGCUAUCGGCGGAAAGACCAGCGCCAAAAAGAAACCCGAAGACUGGAACGCCCUGGUCCGGCGGAACACCACGGUCCGGGAUCCGAUCGGAAACUCAACCGAAGCCAUCAUGCGCCGCAGCCGGCAGAGCUUGCGCAAGCAGAUCAUCGACAACUCCAACCAGGGUCUGGAGAUGGACACGAACAAUCUGGUCGCGUUCAACCCCAAGCUGUCGGAGGUGACGCCGGUGACGCGAGUGGCGUACGUCAAGUUUAUGACCACCAAGUUGAAAAAGGACAUGAAGGACAUCGAAGGAGGCGAUUUGGAGGGUGAUGAUGAAGGUGGGGCUGAAAAUGCGGCCGGAAUCGCAAACGAACGACGAGGAUCGACCAAGCGGAGCUCGCUGAAGAAGUUGGUCGACCUGAAGGAUAAGAUCAAUAGCAUUGAAGCCGCCACGGCUGAUAACAAGUCUCCUGCAUCCCAAACGACAUCUCCUCAAAAAGAAGACGACAUUCCGCUCCGAGAAUCCCCACCCACAUCUUCCUCCCCGGUCACGAUCGAACCUCCUCCAGGACUGGCCAACACCACCUUCAAGGAUGAAGACCACCGCAUCGACAUGACCAAGGUCCGCGUCCGCUCCCCGGUCAUCGAAGACCCCAACGAGGACGGCGUAGCCAGCGAAGACGGCGACGGUCACUGUCUGUCCCCAAAACGAGUCGACAGCAUUCCGGAGCGACCAAACUCGCCCAUUCCAACGUCCACUCCACCGCUGGACAAGCGAACCGACGCCGGCAAGCCAUGCGCGGCGGACGUUUUGAAGGCAGGUUCAAUCAAGAGUCGGACCACUUCUCCGCCUCUGACGGUCGAAGCCGGUUCCUCAUCCCGGUCACCCACUCCGACCCGGUUCGAGGAAAAGAUGGUCAAACCCAGAACACCAACCCCGCCAAAGUCCCAGGACACCUUGUCGCCCACCGGUUCGACCAAGUGCCCACCGUCCCCAACGCCAUCCAAUCGCUUGGAACCGCCGAAAUCCCCCGCCCGAAGUGCGUCCCCGUCGCCCUCAAUCUGCUCCGACAAGGGCAAGUCCAAAGUCACCGGCAAAACAAUAAGCGGUUGGAUGUAGAAAUUAAAUUACUCGCGGUAUUUUGGCUAGUAUUUCCCUCCGAGUUCCCCAAACCCCCACCCCCAGAAACCCACCGACCAUCGUCCCUCGACGACCACAUUCCGGGCACCAAUUUGUGGCCCGGUUAUGACGGUUUUCAUUCAAACGUUGUGCGUUUUACGAAAUAAAUAAAGUGAUUUGAGUUGAUUCUUGAAUGUUAAUAAAACGCGACGAGCAAUCUCGCUUUGA